AUGUAUCAAAGUCUAGUAUUAAAGUUAGAGAUCAUAUCUUUUUGUUGUUUCAUUGAGUUAAAAAAGAAUAAGAAAAAAAAAAAAAAAAAAAAAAAAAAAGUUGCAACAGACGAGUCUAAAAUGAUAUAUAAAGAUCCAAAACAGCCCACCGAAUCAAGAAUCAAAGACUUGUUAAAGAGAAUGACUCUUGCUGAAAAGAUUGGUCAUAUGACUCAAAUUGAAAGAGUUAAUGCAACUUCUGAUGUCAUGAAGUCUUACUUCAUUGGGAGUGUUUUGAGUGGAGGAGGAAGUGGUCCUGCUCAAAAUGCAACGCCACAACAAUGGGUGGAUAUGGUGAAUGAGAUGCAGAAAGGGGCUCUGGAAACACGUCUUGGGAUUCCAAUGAUUUAUGGAAUUGACGCUGUUCAUGGCCACAACAAUGUUUACAAGGCCACAAUUUUCCCCCACAAUGUUGGCCUUGGAGUCACCAGGGAUCCUAAACUUGUGAAGAGGAUUGGAGCAGCAACUGCCCUCGAAGUUCGAGCAACUGGCAUUCCUUAUGCUUUUGCCCCAUGCGUCGCGGUGUGCAGAGAUCCGAGAUGGGGAAGGUGCUAUGAGAGCUACAGUGAGGAUGUGAAAAUUGUGCAAAGCAUGACUGAGAUCAUCACAGGUUUACAAGGAGAUUUCAAUCCCAAUGAAGUUAAGAAAGGCUAUCCAUUUGUUGCUGGAAAAGACAAAGUUGCUGCUUGUUCAAAGCACUUUGUUGGAGAUGGUGGCACAGUUAACGGCAUUAAUGAAAACAACACCAUUGUUAACGAAAAGCAAUUGAUGGAAAUCCACAUGCCUCCCUAUUAUAAUUCAAUAAAUCUUCGUGUGUCGACUGUUAUGAUUUCUUAUUCAAGUAUUAACGGAAAGAAGAUGCAUGCAAACCGUGAUCUGGUUACUGGGUUUCUCAAGAACAAACUAGGGUUCCAGGGUUUUGUAAUCUCAGAUUGGGAAGGAAUUGAUAGAAUCACUCCUGUACCACAUUCAAACUAUAGUUAUUCUAUUGAAGCUUCAGUGAAUGCUGGUAUUGACAUGAUCAUGGUUCCUUACUUGUACGACCAGUUUAUUGGUAAUCUGACAGAACUUGUUAAGAACAAUGUUAUUCCAAUGAGCCGCAUCGAUGAUGCUGUAAAGAGGAUUUUAAGGGUCAAGUUUACCAUGGGACUCUUUGAGAAUCCAUUGGGUGAUUACAGUUUUGUUGACAAGGUUGGAUGCAAGAAGCAUAGAAAACUAGCAAGACAAGCUGUGAGGAAAUCACUUGUGCUAUUGAAAAAUGGCAAAGCUCCAAAUCAGCCUCUAUUGCCUCUCCCAAAGAAAGCCUCAAAGAUCCUUGUUGCUGGAACGCAUGCUGAUAAUUUGGGUUUCCAAUGUGGGGGCUGGACAAUUGAGUGGCAAGGAGCCAGCGGAAAUAAUUGGACCGAAGGAACCACUAUUCUUAAAGCCAUCAAAACCACAGUUGAUCAAAGCACAAAUGUAGUCUUCCAGGAGAAUCCUGACACUAACUUCAUCAAGUCGAAUAACUUUGAAUAUGCCAUCGUGGUGGUUGGUGAGAAGCCUUAUGCAGAGACAAAGGGAGAUAACCUGAACCUCACCCUGCCAGCUCCAGGGCCAAACAUCAUCAACAAUGUUUGCCAAAACGUAAAAUGCGUGGUGGUCCUCAUCUCUGGCCGCCCUCUGGUGAUGGAACCACAUCUUCCAACCAUGGAUGCUCUUGUUGCUGCAUGGCUUCCCGGAAGCGAAGGGAGAGGAGUUGCUGAUGUUCUCUUUGGAGACCAUCCAUUCACUGGAAAGUUAGCUAGAACUUGGUUCAAGAGAGUUGAACAACUCCCCAUGAAUUUUGGGGAUCCAAAUUAUGAUCCACUCUUCCCCUUUGGAUUUGGUAUUGAGACCAAAGGAAGAAAAUAAGUAAGUUUGUUUUAGAUAGUCUUCCCUUUUGGAGACCAAAGCAAACCAUUACGUUAAAGAGAAUUUGCUUAGAGACAUGCCUAUUCUUUUUUUUUUUGGGAAAAGUCUUACAGACAUGCUUGUCAUAUGAUAGUAAGUAUAUUUCUAAUUUUACCUUCAGUACUAUAGAGGAAGGAAUAAAUUAAAUGAU